AUGGGAGCACCUUCACUGCCUCCAAGCCUGUCCUCCUCCCACUGUCAGGUCUCAUCCGAUCUAGGAACAGUCCUACGAAACUUCUGGACGCUUGAAGAAGUCCCGUCAAUCUCUCCCCUCUCAACGAGCGAACAAGAGUGCGAAAAUCAUUUCGUCGAUAACGUUCGCCGCCAGGCUGACGGCAGAUACGAAGUACGACUUCCGUUCAAGUCGGAUCCAACCUCUCUCGGCGACUCUCGGUCGCUAGCUCUCUCUAUGUUGAUCUCCACUGAGAGAAGAUUAUCCAGAGAUGAUAACUUACGAACCAAGUAUCUUGAAUUUCUAGAAGAAUACGCACAAUUAGGUCAUCUCAGUCCAAGUAAUUCCUCCCCCCCAGCUUACUAUCUACCACAUCAUGGCGUCUUCAAGACCCAUGACGCAAAUGGUAAGCUCAGAGUAGUUUUUAAUGCGUCAUCUCGGACCUCAAGUGGCCUUUCACUGAACGACUGUUUACAUGUAGGCCCUAAACUUCAAUCAGAUUUAGGCAUGGUGCUUUCACGAUGGCGGCUCUUUGAGUUCGCGUUCUGCGCCGAUAUCGUCAAGAUGUUCAGGCAAAUCUCUAUUCACCCAGAUGAUCGCUGCUGGCAGCGUGUCCUAUGGCGUUCCUCGCCCUCGUUAGCAGUAGAGGACUUAGAAUUAAACACCGUCACGUACGGUACUACAUCAGCUCCAUACCUCGCCAUAAGAACACUCCUCAAGCUCGCGGAGGACGAGGAGACUAACUUUCCAUUGGGGGCUAAUGCGCUGCGGCAUUUUUCGUAUGUAGAUGAUCUGUUGGUAGGAGCUUCCUCGCUGUCUGAAGCGUUAGAGUUGCAGAGCCAAGUCACUGCAAUUCUUCAAUCCGGACGUUUCCCCCUGAGUCGGUGGUCGGCUAAUCACCCGGAAUUGUGUCCAAUCUCCGAAACAGGUACUCGUCUAUUCCAGCCCGCCGAAUAUACUAACGCUUUAGGUAUUCGUUGGCACACUCAAACCGAUACGCUCACACUCCGAGCAUUCGAACCUCCUUCCUUGACACCCACUUGGACAAAACGCAGCAUUUUAUCUGAAGUGGCCCGAAUCUUCGAUCCCUUAGGCUGGUUUUCUCCAGUGGUAAUAAAGGCCAAGAUCCUCCUGCAGCAACUCUGGGUUGCGGGAUUAGAUUGGGAUGAACCCGUAUCCGAACAACAUGCAAAUACUUGGCUGAGUUUGCGGGAGUCUAUGGGCCAGCUUGACACCCUCCAUAUCCCUCGUUGGCUGGGCUCUCCAGGUCUUAAAGAAGGCGUCCAUCUUGUAGGAUUUUGCGAUGCAUCCCAGAGCGCAUAUGCAGCCGCCGUUUACAUAGGAAUCGGCGAUCCGUCCAGUUCCAAUGGUCUACGGCUUUUAAUGGCCAAAAGUAAAGUCGCGCCGAUAAAGCCCGUUACGAUUCCACGAUUAGAACUUUGUGGAGCUCUUCUACUAACCAAGCUCCUUCUAGCGAUAAAGCAGGGACUUCAUUUAUCGAAAGUUACGAUUAAGGCUUGGUGCGAUUCGCAAGUCAUCUUGGCCUGGCUUAAGGGCCCCACAUCGCGUUGGAAGCCCUUUGUAGCCAACAGGGUAGCUAUUAUCCAAGGUCAAAUCCCGCCAGAAUCCUGGUCUUAUAUACCCACCGACCAAAACCCGGCUGACCUAGCCACUCGAGGAUGUACUCCUCAGGAUCUACACGACCUGGCACUAUGGUGGAAAGGACCUAGCUCCAGGGAAUUCUCCCCUACAUUCGGGGAACCUUAUAAUCACGAAGAGACCGAAGCGGAGGCGAAGACCCUUCACGCGGUUCGACCAAUCGAGGCACCAGAAGAAAUCAUCGACCGAUUCUCAACUUUAAAUCGAGCUGUACGAGUACUUGCCUAUUGCCGACGCGCUCUACUCCCGAAGAAAUCCAGAGGUUCCACGUUCCUUACAACGAUCGAAUUAUCGGACUCGCUGAAC